GGGGAGGGAGGGAGGGAGAGAGAGAAAGGGGACCCCGAUCCAAUCCCAGUCCUCUAAAACCCUAGCGGGGAGCCGGGGAUGAGGAUCCAGUGCAACGCGUGCGGGGCCGCGGAGGCGCGGGUGCUGUGCUGCGCGGACGAGGCCGCGCUAUGCGUCGCCUGCGACGAGGAGGUGCACGCCGCCAACAAGCUCGCCGGGAAGCACCAGCGGGUGCAGCUCCUGACGGACUCCGCCACCGCCGCCGCCUCCCCCGCGCCGGCCGUGCCCAAGUGCGACAUCUGUCAGGAGGCUUCUGGAUACUUCUUCUGCCUAGAGGACCGUGCACUACUUUGUAGAGACUGUGAUGUUGCUAUACACACAGUGAAUUCCUUUGUUUCAGUACAUCAGAGAUUCCUGCUAACUGGAGUUCAGGUGGGUCUUGAUCCUGCUGAUCCAGUUCCACCCAUUGCUGAAAAGCAUGUUAAUGCUUCUGGUGGAUCAGUAAAGCAAUCAGUGAGACAUCUGCCUAGGAGAAGCCCGGGAGUUCAAUUUUCAGUUGAAGGCAGUGCUUCUGUUCCGAGCAAAAAUGUAUCAAAUGGAGAUUAUUCAAGGCAGAAUUCUGUUCCAACAGCCAGGGCAGAAGUGGUUGAUUGGACUAAGAACAAUACUACAAUUCAGUCAGUAGAAUCCCCACCUAAGUACAUGUCAGAGGAGAGUCCAACACUUCUGCAAUCUAGCCAGACCACAACAGUCUUCUCUAACCAAAUUAACGGCAAUAGUGAUGGGACCUACCACUUGUCAUUCUCAAGUGGUAAUGUGACAGACAGUCUACCAGAUUGGCCUGUGGAUGAGUUCUUCAGUAACUCAGAAUAUGUUCCAAACUUAGGCUUCUCCGAGCAUGGUUCUUCUAAGGGUGAUAACGCUAAGCUGGAGAGUGCUGGUGGAUCUCUACAAUGCCGUUUAGCUGAAGGCUCCAUUGCUGAGGAACUAUUAGGACAGGUGCCUGGGUUGAUCACUGAUGAUUAUAUGAGCCGGGUACCUGAGAAUUCAUGGACAGUACCUGAGGUUCCCUCGCCACCAACUGCCUCGGGGCUCAAUUGGCAUGGGAAUUUGUGUUUCCCUGCAUAUGACAGCACAAUGUUUGUUCCUGAAAUUACAUCCCUCCAGAACUCCCAAAAUCAGUUCACCGUACCUUCGAGUUUCAAGCGCCGGAGAAGAGAGUAUUGAGGUGACGACAAGAUCACUAGAUAUCCACUGUCCAGUUUAGGCCAUCUUGAGAAAGGUUUCUUGCUGUACCAAAUGACGGAGAAAGGAUAUCCAGGACUGGGUUAUCAUUCAAACUUCAACAGAACAAUCCAAGUAGCUAGGUUUGAAGUGUGCUGCAAUGCUUCAAUGAUGUUCAUUUUCCAAAGAUCUAAGCUUCGCUAGUGUUGGGGUCUUCUUCUCCGCGAAGGCCCUUUAGGCAAAAACACCUUCAGCAAGACAGUACAAAGGCAGGUGCAACAUGAAGAUAUAAGCCGAAGCUACAAUCAAAAGAGCUUCGGUUUGGUGUCAUGCUAAAGACGAAGGACGAUACCGACUUAAAGAGGAAAAUACUGUAUAGCCCUUGGUAGUCUGUAUUAUGAUCAUAAUUAGUUAUUAAUGAUAUAAAUGUAAUUUUGUUCGGGCUACGGCUCGCGCCUAUAAAUAGAUGAACAAUAUCCCCGUAUUGUUUACGC